CGGGCUUCAGCGCUGGGUGCAGCAACUGGAGGCGGUGGUGCAUCGGGAAGAGGCUGCAGCUACCAGAGUCCAGAAUCCAGGACAGAACCCUUGGCACCAUGAACCCCGUCGUCAGCAUCGCUCUCCUGCUUUCAGUCUUGCAGAUGUCCCGAGGGCAGAAGGUGACCAGCCUGACCGCCUGCCUAGUGGACCAGAACCUUCGUCUGGACUGUCGUCAUGAGAAUAACACCAACUUGCCCAUCCAGCACGAGUUCAGCCUGACCCGAGACAAAAAGAAGCACGUGCUCGCAGGCACUCUUGGAGUGCCCGAGCACACAUACCGCUCCCGGACCACCUUCACCAGCCGCCACAACAUCAAGAUCCUCACCUUAGCCAACUUUACCAGCAAGGAUGAGGGCAUCUACACAUGUGAGCUGCGGUCCUCUGGACAGCCUCCCACCACCUCCUCUCAAAACGUUGAUGUGCUCAGAGACAAGCUGGUGAAGUGUGAUGGCAUAAGCCUGCUGCUUCAGAACACCUCAUGGCUGCUGCUGCUCCUGCUUUCUCUCUCUCUCCUCCAAGCCACGGAUUUCAUUUCUCUGUGACUGGCUGGGUCCACAGAGAAACAGGAAACCUGCAAGGCCCAGUACAGAGGUCCUGCUUCUCUGGGUCAGCUGACUCCCUUCCCCAGUCCCUCAGAUGCCGUGGGGAGAAAUCGGGACCCUGUCCCUCAUAAGGAACCCCAGUGCUGCAUGCCAUCGCCCACCCCCCUCUGACACCUCACCCUCUCCGCACACCACUGGCUGCCAUUUUAUACUCUGUUCCAGGGCAGCUUCUGUCUGUUUAUUUCAAGUUUCUCCUUUCUUUUCUCUGGGAGUUUGUGACGAGGGAGGCCAGGAUUGGGGACCUAGUGGAUGGGUGACAGGACACCAGUCCCUGGGGGGAGUUCCUCCUUGCCAACCAGGCCAGAUGCCUGAAAGAAACAUGGAUGAGGGAGUUGGAGUGUGUCUGUACCUGGUACAGUCAUACUCUUGAUGAAACUAUCACCCAGCGGGCCGGGAGGGGGGCCUUAAGACCUCAAGAUAUCAGGGUGCUGCUCAGCCUUUGUGGCCCGUCCAAUGAGGAUGAGAACUGAGAUUCCACAAGGUCGUUCUCAGCCACCGCAUACAAGCCCCCUCAUACCACUGAAGAAGCACCCCCUGGAGCUCUUAAGCCAGGGCUCAUUCCGUCAGUCAAGAUGCAGGUUCAGCCAGAGAACGUCGGGAAAAUGGAGGGUAGGCGGUGAGGUAACACCACCCCUCCUGUCUCUGCCACUGCCUGUAGUGAGAAGUGUGGCAGAGGAAGGCAAGCCCCUCGUCUGCCCCCAAGGAGGCAGGACUCUGACUUGCAGGAUCUAAGUCGGUGCAGGAAGGAGGUCCUAGAGCCAUCCAGGUGGACCCAGCUUGCUGAGGGAGAUUCUUUCUUCUUCCUUCCCUCGCCCCUCUGUGCCAGCCCCUCUAGCUGUCCCUGAUCCCCCAGACCACCAGAGUCUUGCCACCUGCCUCCGCUGGGACCUCCUAGGGUGGGAAGCAGGUGGUGGAGUGAGGCCCAGUGUGGCCUCUUCUUGGAAGAUAGCUUUCCCAACACCCACUUCCCUACUGACAGCCUGUCCUAUGUGUAAACGCCACCACAGCUUACCGUAUCUCACUGAGGGGGGAAAAAAACUGCACAAUAAAACCAAGCCUCUGGA